AUGGCUCCGGACAAACAGAUCUCUCAAAUCGAAAAGAGCGUCACUCAUCUCCUGGUGGCCACCAAACAACUCCUCGAAACUCUGACACAAUGGUCCCGUGGUCAAGCACAAGAGGAGGAGGUCUCAGAUGUCUAUGUCCGCCUGGGUUAUGAAUUUAAUCUAGCCUGCCGUGCUUUCAAUUCCAUCGGUGUCGAGACCUCGGAUCUUGGUCCUGUCCCUGACCUCUUGCGGAGUAUCCUUGAGGAUACUCUAAGCCAAGCAGCUUCCCCACAAGCACUAGACAAUUACCUGCCACGCAUUCGCGACAUAAUCAUCAAUCUUUUACACGGCUUGAAGAGAAAGCAAAGCAGAUUAAGGGGACGGGCAACCAAAGAUGCAGUCACCGCUCCUCAAACAAGGCCAUCCGCCGGUCAACCUAGACAGACUAGUGUCUCUACCACUGGAAGCAAUGAAACAGGGUUGACUCAUAUGCUUGAGGACAUACCAAGCACCACAUCAAGUCUAGGCGCUACGCAAACGCCACAAGACACCAUCCAAACGGUCGAUCAACCGCCUGUUCCAUCCAACAAUGCCUCAACCGGUCAGCUCUCUAACCGGCCCGGUAUCAAUCGACACUCAAUUCGACGUGAACCCGCUGGCGCCAUCCCCCCGUCCGAGUCUUCUUCAACGAUGUCCAGCAGUACAGCUCAGAACAUACCUGUGUUACCACCAUUUCAUGAUAUAGAUUCGCCUUCUGCAGCACCUAGCAUGCCUGCGAUUGCAUUUCCACACCCCCCUCCCCCUCCACCGAAGCAAACAGAUGCACUUGCCAGAUUGCAGCGUGGUGGUGAUCUCGAAAGACGAGCCUCAAGAAGGUUCUCAGCAUAUCAGAUACAAAAGCAUUUGGGUACUUCUCCCAAUGGCGUGCCUAUGAUUCCCUCCGCUCAAAACUCUCCUAUCCCAAAUCGUGGAAAAGAAGUCCGGGAAUCCAUGACCGCAGUUCGAUCACGGAGCUCCUACCAACAAUCAAGGUCGAGAUCUGUAAGGCAUGGAGAUGCUUCUCCCAGCAGAAGUGGAACCAUCAAAACACCACAACGAAUCUCGGAGGAGCGAGAGGAAACUCCUAUAUUGUCUUUGGAUGCAACUCCACGUAUCCAACCACCACAGGAUUCCAUCAACCUUGAUAGCCCAACUGUCAAAACACCAGAUGAGUAUCUUCAACCUCGAAAGCGCGAAAAUAGUAGUUCCGAGCAACUUGUGGUUGGAGCAACAGUCAAUGGACCACUCAGUCCGGGCCCCGAUGAACUGCUCAGAGCGCCGACACUGGACUCCGAAAUUGCCUAUUCUCAGCCUGACGAGAGUAAAGAACCUGCUGAGAUGCUAGACGAAAGCACCCCUGAGACUGUCCAAAGACAACCCAGGGAAAAUGUCACACCUCCUCAAUCCCAGGUUAUUACCUUAGAUUCAUCCCCCCCACAGGGAAAGGAGUUGACUUUGUUCUUACAGUAUCGGAGCAAGAUCAAGAAGUUUGUGCUUGCAGAUGGGUACGAAGAACUAACAAUCCCUCGAUUGCAAUUGGCAUUCAUUGAGAAGUUUGCAUGGAACAACCAGCACAACGGUGUAGAUCUUCCAGAGAUCUACAUUCAAGACCCUGUUUCUGGGGUCAGGCAUGAGCUCGAGGAUUUGACUGAUGUUAAGGACAGAUGUGUCCUCGUGUUGAAUGUCGAGGAUUUGGAUGAGGUCAGGAAGCAUAUCGAUGAAGGCAUUGGUGGACUUUCCAAAACCCUCGAGGGUGUAAAACAAUUGCUGGAAGGGCAAGGCACUUUGAUGCAAAGGUUCUCGGAUCGGCAGCUGGAGACUUCCAAAGAGAUGGCCCGUAUGUCCGCUGUACCCAGUCAGCCAACAUCAAGAACACCCACUCUCGCGCCCGGGAGCUUCAAAUUGAGCACCAGCUCGGAUUCAUCUCUCCAAGAAAUUCAAAGCCUUCGCCGGGAAAUUGCAGUCUUGCGACAAACAUACUCAACCAUGUCUUCAGAUUUUGCAGCUUCGAUGAUCGAGAUCAAAGCCAAAGCAACCUCGGUCAAAUCAGCCGCCACAGAUGCUGCAAAUGCUUCUUUCAAAGGCGAUGCAGGUCGUGAUCAUAUCAACAAAGGAAAGAAAACGCUGUCUACCGAUUCAGAAGCCCUGGUCAAUCGGGUUGAUGAUUUGUCCGAUGUCGUGGAAGAAUUACGCAAAGAUGUUGUAACACGUGGGGUCAGACCUCUACCACGAGUGCUUGAGGACAUCAGCAAGGAUAUCAGUGCAACUGCUAAACAGCUUGCAAAGGUCAAGGAUUAUGUGAAACGUGAAAAACCAAUCUGGACCAAGAUUUGGGAGCAGGAAUUGCAAGUGGUGAUGAUGGAGAGAGAUGACCUGACCCAGCAGGAUGAAUUAAUGAAUGAUCUGGACGGUGAUCUUGAAGACAUCACCAGUGUAUUCAAACUGGUCGAGGAAGCUACUAAACAGCAAAACCUACAGGCUGCUGGAACCAUCGGACGUAAUCCUUCCAAAAGCUUAGCAUUCGACACUCUUGUCGAUCCCCACGAGGCUAAGACUGGGGUGCUGGAUGAAGUACGAGCACUACAGCCCAAUCAUGAAAAUCGCCUGGAAGCUAUCGAACGAGCUGAGAAAGCACGCCAAAGGGAGCUUGAAACCCGUCGAGUUGGCGAGUUUCAACGUGAGGUAGAAACGUUUGUGGAAGAAGGCAAACUCAAGAAAACAGGUGGUAUGGACGAGGUUGAGCGCCGACGCAAGUUGAAAGACGAGCAAGCUAGGAAAGAAAAUUUUGAGCGCCAGGCAGCUCGUGCAGCAGAGCUGGAGAAGAAACGAGCCGAUGCUGCCGCAGCUGCCGCCGCUGCCGCUACGGCUGAAGCGUCCGAGACGAAUCUCGACCACCACGAUCCGGAAAAUGAUACUUCUCAGGAAGGUGAAGCGGCUUUCCAAGAUGCAGCUGAGGAGAAGGUUCUAACUCCCGAGCACGAGAAAGGAGAUGCUUCCCCUGCUCCUCCACCAAUACCAGCAAAGGAUACACCCAAGAACGAAGACCCACCCCAGCUGCCUGACGUUAAAGUCGACGGGCACAACAGUCAAGAAGGAACAGGUCUUGGUAUGUCAUUCUAUAAUUUAUAA